AUGGCUUUGAAUCCAUUAAUGUUCUUGUUUUGUUUGUUUGCAGUGAUGAACAAGUUUGUGAACAUAAGUGAUGCUAGAAAACUCAAGAAUAUCACACUAGAUGAGAGAGUUAGUGGUAGUGCAAAGGUAGAAGAAGAUCAAGUUGAUACAAAAGUAGAUAAGAAUCAAUAUUUACCACCAUUUCCAUUUCCAACUCCUUCACUACCACUUCCUACACUUUCUAUUCCUCCAUUACCUCCUGUAGAUAUCCCUGGUGUUCCGAUUUCUCCCAUUCCCGGCGUACCACUCCCUCCCAUCCCCCGUCUUCCACUUCCUCCCCUUCCUAUACCUUCUCCUCCCCCUAUGGGGUAA